AUGGACAAGUUGAAUCUAGCUCAAUUGGGUGAGAGGUUAAAGAUAGGUGGAGCUCAAAUGGGUCGAAUGGUUAGUGGUAAAGUGAAGGAAAUUCUGCAAACCCCUACCCCUGAAUCGAAGAUGAUCGAUGAGGCCACAUUGGAGACCUUGGAGGAGCCAAAUUGGGGUAUGAAUUUGAGGAUAUGUGCAAUGAUCAAUAGUGAAGAGUUUAGUGGGUCCGAAGUUGUUAGGGCCAUAAAGAAGAAGAUUUCGGGCAAGAAUGUGGUGAGCCAGAGGUUGAGUCUUGACUUGUUGGAGACUUGUGCUAUGAAUUGCGAGAAGGUGUUCUCCGAGGUUGCGUCGGAGAAGGUGUUGGAUGAGAUGCUUAGGAUGAUUGAGAAUCCACAAACAGAUGCCGAAAAUAGACAAAGGGCUAUGCAAUUGAUUAGGGCUUGGGGAGAGUCUGAGGAGCUUGCAUAUCUACCUGUAUUUCGUCAAACUUACAUGAGCUUGAGAGAAAGAAGCACCAAUCCUUUAGCACAAGAAGGGACUUCACCCACGAUGCAGUCUACCUUGGAAUCAUAUGUUCACGAGCCGCUGUCUCCCCCUGAAAGAUACCCUGUACCUGACACAGGAUUGCAUGGAGCAAAUCAUAAUGAUUUCGCCUUUAAUUAUCAAAGCCUAGCAGUUGAAGAAAAAAAGGAGGUUCUUGUUGUAGCUCGCAAUAGUCUUGAACUGCUGUCUAGUAUUUUAAAUACUGAAACUGAUCCGAAACCUUUGAAGGAAGAACUAACCCUGAACAUGCUGGACAAGUGCAAGGAGUCUCAGCCUGUUAUUAAGAGGAUUAUAGAAACCACUACUGAUGACGAAGGGAUGCUCUUUGAGGCUCUAUUUCUUCACGAAGAACUUCAACAAGUCAUUUCCAGGUAUGAAGACUUGGAAGGUUCUCAAAAGUCUGGAGUCCAACAGCUUGAAAACCCUGAAACCACCAACCAUGACGGGGUGAAAGCUGUUCAAAAUCCUGGAGAACUGCCCGGAAACUUGAACACCACUGCUCAUGAGGAUUUAGAAGACACCCAAAAACCUGGUGGAAAACUGCCCGAAAAUUCCAUUGCUUCUGAAGGCAGUUCAUCUGCUCCUGUAGGAACCAAUACUGAAACCAAAAUAGUGGAUUCUCCAAAGGAAGACCCCAAGUCCAGCAGUGAAAAAGUCGGUGAAUGA